AAAAAAAAAAAUAUGGUUAGCAACCGAGGUUAUGAACAGGUUCCUCUCGAUAAUCAUGAGGAGCAACUUGAUAGACCACCAAGCACUCAACGCCGAACUGAUUUGGAAGACACCUUUGACAUUUCAGAAGACGAGCAGGAUAAUAUCCAGCCACAAACAGAAUAUCAUCAAUUACUUCCGCAUAAUGCAGAACAACGUUCUUCUACUUCUACAGUUCAACAGCAUUCUACAGACGGUGUGUUUUCAAACAUGGCAGCCAAACCUGAAUCUGAUACGAAAUUAGAAGAAAUACCGCCCUCUUACGAAGAAGCUUCAGCUGACGCAACACCACCUUAUUGGCAGACAACUGUUAUAGCACCUGUUGGUAUGGGUGACAUAAUUUUGGUAGAAGGAUUGCCAGUAGGAAGCAUAUUCAGUUUUAUGUGGAAUCUAAUGGUUUCGGCCAGUUUUCAAUUAGUGGGGUUUAUGCUCACUUAUUUAUUGCAUACAACACAUGCAGCCAAGGAUGGUGCUCGUGCAGGAUUGGGCAUCUCAUUGAUCCAAUAUGGAUUUUAUGUUCGCAGCAGAGGAACAUUAGAUGAAGAUUUUGAUUACGAUGGAGAAGGCCAUGAGACUGUAGGCCAAGAUGCUACUCAAGCCAAGAUCAUCGCAUACAUUAUGAUGUUUAUUGGCUGGUUUAUUAUACUUCGAGCACUAUCUGAUUUUAAUAAGGCUCGCAAGAUGGAAAAAAUCAUUACUUCCGAACCCACAGCCAUUAACCCAGAAAACAUUGUAUAAACCCCUUUUUCUUGUAUUUGUAUCAUACUCUCCCAAUACCCUCUUGUUUACACACUCUCAUACAUACAAUUGUAAUAGACAAUCCCAAUGGAAUAAAGAUAAAAAGAAACAAGU